AUGUUCUCAGACCCCUCAAGAGAAACUCAGACAACACCUCGACCUCCUACGCGAAAGAUGGUUGCUCAACACUUUUACUUGCUGGGUGAAGCUGUCACCUCAGCUCGACCCAUCGAGGUAGAGACGACAGUCGACUUCCAAGGACUUCAGCUCCUCGUCGCUGGCCAGUUCGCCAUUGUCGAGCCGAAUGGCAUUGGAUUCCAGUCAGACGAGUCGAUCUUGUCCACCCUCUCGGAAAUCCUUGCCACCGAAGAGCCCAUUGCCAUUUCAAUAGACGGCAAGGCAGUUCGGGAGAUCCCCGGUCCCAAAGGAUUGCCAUUUGUGGGCAACUACUUCGAGAUCUACCCCGAUCAUUUGGGGAACCAUCAGCGCCUAUUUGAGCAAUAUGGACCCAUUAUUCAAACAACCAACAUGGGCAGGAAAGUGUACCACACCAACGAUCCUGAGCUAUCGGCCAUCGUGUUUGCCGAAUCUGAUUUCUUCACCAAGAAAAUCAACGAGGCACACCCUCUCUACCCGAUCAAGAAUCAACAAGCCGGUGUAUUCCUGGGCGACACCGACACCCCUGAAUGGCGUGCGGCUCACAAAUUCCUUCCACCAGCGCUGGGACCGAAAGCAGUGCGCCACUAUGCACCCACCAUGCAAGAAACCGUCGAAGAUGCAUUUAGUGUAUUCGACGAGCUAGACGAGCGUGGCGAGGCGUGGAAUGUUUAUCCUUACAUGCUCAAACUCGGUUCUCAGGCCGUUGGAAAGCUGGUGCUUGGUAUGGAUUUCAAGCAUUUCUCCGCCGUGGACGCACCACCCCACGAACUUGUCUACCGCAUCGCCGAGUCAUUAGAGCUGAACAAGAAGGUGACCGCUCGUGGUGAUUGGUACGCUAAGUUGCCCUUCGGAGACCCGAAACGUUUGCGGGACGCUCGUCAUCGAAUCAUGGAAAUGGUGAGCGAGUCGAUUGCAAAUGCUUCCCGCAAUGGAGUUGAAGACCUCCCGCUGCAGGAUGCUGCAUUGCAGGCGUCUAAUAUGAUCGAUUAUAUCAUUCGCGCCACCGAUAAUAAAGGAGAGAAGCUGCCAAAAACGAGUCUGAUGGAGGCGUUAGUAGUAGCCACCGGAGCUGGAUUCACUACCACAAGCUCGUUGCUGUCGUGGCUGCUAUAUUCAGUAGUCAACUAUCCUGGUAUGCAGGAAAGACUCUUACAGGAGCUGAUUGAUAACGACAUCGAUGCCGAUACUCCGAUGACUGCGGAUCUGACUGAUCGUCUGACAUUUUUGGACAAAUUCAUCAAAGAGACUCAGCGCCGCCAUAACCCCUCAUACCAGCCUGCACGUACUGCCAAGGUGGAUAUGAUUCUACCGGGUGGAUACAAGCUCCCCGAAGAUUCAAUCAUCAUUCCGGCCCUUCACCACGUACACAAUAACCCAGCAGUCUGGUCUAACCCAGCCCGAUUUGAGCCAGAUCGUUGGGACACGGCAGAAGUCAAGAACCGACACAAGGCUGCGUAUAUCCCCUUCGCUGCCGGUCCACGUAUGUGUAUUGGAUUCAACUUCGCAUUGCAGGAGGUCAAGGUUUUCUUGCCCAAAUUGCUGUACCGGUACAAGUUCACGAAAGAGAAUGAUGGGCCGGUCGAGUAUGAUCCCAUGUUCCAGUUGAUCCGUCCUACCAACUUGUAUGUACGGGCGGAACGACGGGUGAAAUGGCCUCCCAAGACUGAAACUGUGGAGAGAGCGCAGUUGUGA